CCCCACACUAUUUUCUCCCCUUUCCCUCCAUCUAUUUCUAGUCUCCCUCUAGACUCUCUCCAACUUCCCCAUUUACUCUCCCUCUCUCAAUUUCUCCCUUCUCCGGCCAAGAUUUAUAUGGACAAAGGAUGGUGUCUCGCCGUUGAAUCCGACCUUCCUCUCCGCCCAGCCGCAGCAGCUUAUACUACCACUCCUUUCCCCUUCUUCCCUCCGCCGUCCGCCGGAAAUCCCAUGAUGAGGAUGUUCCAGUUCCCAGACGUCGAAGCCCUCCACCACGCCGCCGCCGACUGCCUCCACGCCGCCGGCGAAGUCGACUUCUUCGCUCACCACCACCACCACAACAACAAGACCACGUCUCCUUCUGAUGAUAGUAGUCACAACGACGACGAUCAAGUAAAUACUGGAUUGCAUCUUCUCACUGCGAACACGGGGAGCGACCAAUCAACGGUGGACGAUCAGACUCAUGAUCAUCGGACGGACCACGAUGACAGUCGAUCCAAGCCUGAGGCUGAAUUACAAGUUGAGCUACGAAGGAUGAACGUCGAAAACCAGAGGUUAAGGGACAUGCUUAGCCAAGUCAGCAACAACUACACCUCCCUCCAAAUGCACCUUGCUUCACUAACGCAUCAAACCCCUAACCAACAACAAGUGGUGCGUUACGUACCGAGGAAAUACUUGGCAUUGAUGCCACCUGGAGAAACAUCCAACUCAUCCUCCGACGAGAGGACCCGCUCCGAAUCCUCCCCGCGCAACGGGAAGCGGCCGUCGGUGAGCGGCGGCAGGGGAGAGAGUCCUGAAUCGGAAACCAACAAAGCCCAGAAACUAUCUCCUCCGCGUAGCAACUCCACGGCCCAACAACAACAGCAACAGCAGCCCAACAACAACAACAACAACGCCGAGGCGGCCAUGAGAAAAGCCCGCGUCUCGGUCCGGGCCCGCUCCGAGGCCCCGAUGAUAUCCGACGGGUGUCAGUGGCGGAAAUACGGGCAGAAGAUGGCCAAGGGCAACCCCUGCCCGAGGGCGUACUACCGCUGCACCAUGGCGGCGGGCUGCCCGGUACGGAAACAGGUGCAACGCUGCGCGGAGGACAAGACGAUAUUGAUAACCACUUACGAAGGAGGACACAACCACCCUCUGCCACCGGCGGCGAUAGCGAUGGCGUCGACGACCACGGCCGCCGCCACCAUGCUACUCUCCGGGUCGACGUCGAGCGCCGACGGCGCCAUGACGAUGAUGAUGGCGAACCACCCGAAUAACCUGCUCGCCAGGGCUAUGAUCCCCAACGGUGCUGUCCACAGCAACAUGGCGUCGAUUUCGGCCUCCGCUCCGUUCCCCACCGUCACGCUUGACCUCACCCAUACGUCACCACCGAAUAAUAAUAAUAAUGAUGAUAAUACGUCGGUGCAAUUGCAACGGCAGCGGGAGACGUUUGGGAUGUACAACAACCAGACGAAAUUCUCGGGGGUUCAGUUGUCACACGAGGUCGCGAAUUCACCGUCUCAGCUACUACAGCAGUUGCACCAUCAGCAUCUGUUGCCGCCACGUGUCGCCUCGCCGGUGGCGAGGCAGCAGGGAUCGAUGGUGGUGGAUCAGUCGGUGAGUGCCAUCACCUCGGAUCCCAACUUCACGGCGGCUCUUGCGGCGGCUAUCUCCUCCAUCAUGAGCAGCGGCGGCGGCGGCAACCAGCAACAACAAUAGUAACGACAACAUGGAAACAACAGCCAGGAAUCUUUGAAUGUUUUUUUUUUUUUUUUUGUUCUUUUGUUCUUACUGUGGAUGCUACGUCAUUGAUAGGCAUGGAACGUGGCCUUUUUAGAUUGGUUGCUAUUUUCCUUUUCUUUUCAUCGUCAUGUGACGUGCCCUCCAUCAUCAAUGUGGACAUAUAGGGUUGACGUUUUUAUUGUAGAAAAACGUGGGAAAAUGUAUAAUCUCUUGUUCGUUCUUUUAGGGCGCCGGCGGGAAGGGAAGGAAUUCCGUCAAGCUUAGUGGCUUAGGGUUAGAAUUUAGAUAAAAGAUGAGACCAUUCAAUUCCUUUGUACCAAAGCUUCCUUCGUUUUAUUCUUCGUCUAUUGAAUUUGAAUAACUUUUUCCUACUUAUCAAAUGAA